AUGGGUCUUGUAUCACGAGCACAAUUGUUUAAUAUUUCGUGGUCGGCUCAUCGCCUAUCUCCGCUACAUCAUAGCAAAGACCAUCGAGUUUUGAUCGGCAAUCAAGAUGCAUUGAAGACUUACGCAAAGCGCUUACACGAUCUGCUCGCGGGUGACUUACUGCGUAGCAUGCAAGUGAACUUGACAAAGAGUCUUGCUGAUGAUGCGCUUAGUAAAGCCGGGUCGUUGGUUGAAAGCCGAUGGGAAUUCAUCACAACGCAUGAGAGCAUACAAGAAGGGAGCGACGAUUCGUCGAUUGAAAUGAAUGAAUGCAUGGGAAUCUUUAUUACACUCGACUAUGAGCGCAUCGGAUACAGGGCUGCUCUUCUCGCAGGUCCUGAUGGAUAUACGCCAGCAUCCACAGACAGGAGACGCAAACAGUCUACUCAUCUACCAUUGUUGCUGACGCGUAUGCCGACUGUACUAAGAAAUACAUUUAUCGAGUUCCUAUCUACUACCUUUGAUUCAUACUGUGCGACGUUGCAUUUGCCGUCCGAAUUUCUUUCCAUGACGCUAGAGACGUCUAUCUCCCGCUUAAUGACGAGUGAGGACUCACAGCAGGCGUCAAAUGCGACUCUUGAGCAGGUGUUGAAAGAAACGCAGUUGACUCUGUCAUUUGGGCAGUUAGUUGCGCCAUCACUGAAAUCUCUUGACAUAAGUCUACCUCGGGAAACAUUAUCAACAUUUGCGCGCGGGGGACCCAACAACGACACCUCACUAUUUCUAUCAUCCUUGUCUCAAUACCUGGACAAACAUCUUGCUAUGAAAGUCAAUCUCCAGGAAACAGGCAAUGAGAGUUGUGAAUCGAAAGAUACACAGCAUGUGUGGCUUAGCAAGGUCGCUACUGGAGCUUUUGUGCUGAGUGCUGAAGGAAGAUUUAAACUGAUUGACAUUUCCAGCCGUCAAAGGGAGCCUCCAGAGGAGCAGACAGCAGUUCAAAAGUUAAUUGAUUUGGCAAAUGAACAAAUUUUACGAUCACUCGUUCGGCGAGCAGCUGGCGAUGAUUUGAUCACUUGA